GGCAAUCAGAAGAACAAAGCCUUUUGUCUUGUCUUUUCCUUGUCCUGCUAUCUGUUCAAUUGUGGUCUUCAGCCUUCUUCUUCACCCCCAACUGGCUUACAACCCUGGGGGGAAAUGAAGCUGAAAGGAAUACUUAUCAGUGCCAUCCUUCAGGCUUUGCUACCAAUUGCAGAUGCUGAUGUACUGGGAUUAACAGAUCCAAAGCUGUGCUAUAUUCUGGAUGGGAUCCUUUUAAUAUAUGCUAUCAUCAUCACAGCCCUUUUCAUGAAAGUAAAGCUAGCCAAUCGCUCUACUGAAUCCAAACCUUCUCAAAAUGCAAAUGACAUAUAUAAUAAACUAUCUACUGGACGCAGAGAUGAAUAUGAUUCUCUGGCAUUAAAAAAAACAGAUACAGAUCUUGAAAUGGCUGUGGAAAACCAGCGCAGAAGAAAGAAACCUCAGGACAAAGUUUACACUUCCCUACAGCGGGAUAAGAUGGGUGAAGCAUACAGUGAAAUUGGAAAGAAAGGAGAAAGAUUUGGUGGCAAAGGCAAUGAUAUUCUUUAUCAGGGGCUCAGCCAAGCAACAAAGGACACAUACAAUGUCCUUCACAUGAAACAGAUGCAUUCUCCUCGUUAGUUACAACUGAAUCUAAAAAGGAAGAGAAAAAAAGGACAUUCCUUAUGGUGGAAUGGUAGCAAUUAAAGAGGACAGUUCAUUUCAGCAAAGCCAUUGCCUUGUUUGAAGAAUGCUAUUGUACAGUCAGCAAAACCCAUGUUUCAUUUCCAAAUAACAUCCUUUAAAAAUGUACAUAAGUUUAAAGAUUCUGCUUAAUGUAUAGUUGCUCAUAUUUAGGGGCAGAAGUUGUGACUGCUAUUUCACUGGAUAGUUAAAUAACAAAAAUACUUUUCUUCCUUAAGGGAAAAAUAACAUAUUUUCUUUCCCCAUAGAUGUUUUUAUGGUAUUUUUAAUUGAAGAUAGCUGGGAAACUUUGUGGGGGGAGGAGGGGGGGAAGAGGGAGGGAGAAAGAGAAUAUAUUCUGGAACCUUUCAUCACUCUCCAGGAAUUUGGAUUACUGUACAAUCUAUCAGUCAUAUCAGCAAGGCUGGUGGUAAAGAAUAACAAUAAUUAUCAUGUUUUAAAUUGAUAACUCUCAAAUCAUUAAAUAGUUCAGGACUUAACUGAAGGUAAAUAUCUUUUAUACCGAAGAUUAGAAUAAAAAAGAAAGAAAUGUGUUCAGAUGGUACUUUGAAUUACAGUGUAUGAGAAAACUAAAAGUUCUGUUCAUGAGCUUGGAUCAUUUCCCAUAAAAUGAAAUUUUAUUUAGCAUAAAAUAAAGCCUUUACUAUUAGGUUUGGAUGAUGUUUGCAAGCAAAAUACAAACAAAACAAAACAAAAAAC